GGAACGCUGUGAUGGCUCGAGCGGCUGGAGAAAUCAUUCAUUUAAAUGUUGGUGGGAAAAGGUUCAGUACGUCGAGACAGACUCUGACCUGGGUUCCCGACUCUUUCUUUUCAAGUUUAUUAAGUGGACGAAUUUCCACCCUGAAGGAUGAAACGGGAGCCAUUUUUAUCGAUCGUGAUCCCUCACUUUUUGCAUCCAUUCUGAAUUUCCUGCGCACUAAGGAACUGCAUCCCAGAUUCACAGAUGUACAUUUACUGAUGCAUGAAGCCGAGUUCUAUGGAAUCACACCACUGGUCCGGAAGCUGCAGCUGUGUGAUGAAUUAGAUCGAUCAUCAUGUGGCAACGUGCUGUUCAACGGGUACCUGCCUCCUCCAGUGUAUCCUGUGAAGCGCAGGAACAGACACAGCGUCGCCGGAUCUCAGUUCAUGGCGGGUCGAGCUGUUCCUCUGGAGAGAGCCACUGUCAGACGCAGUAACACCAUGCCACCCAACCUGGGUAACGCGGGCAUGCUGGCAAAAGCUACCGCCACUGAGGAGAAAGUGUCAGGUCCGGGUGCAGAUCCUGGAAUAGUGCGGAUCAUCUGUGGCCAUCAUAACUGGAUUGCUGUUGCUUACACCCAGUUUGUGGUCUGUUACAGGGUGAAGGAGUCGACGGGGUGGCAGCAGGUAUUUUCCAGCCCCAGGUUGGACUGGAUCAUCGAUCGAGUUGCUUUAAACGCUAAAGUCAUGGGUGGAUCACUGGGAGACAAUGAUAAGAUGGUUGCCGUGGCGUCAGGCACCGAGAUUAUAUUAUGGGGUGUCUGUGCUGAUGGAAACGGGAAUGAGAUCGGCGUGUUCAGUCUCAAUGUACCGGUGGAGGCGCUGUUCUUCGUGGGGAAUCAGCUCAUCGCUACGAGCCACACGGGUAAAGUGGGAGUGUGGAACGCCGUCACCAAACACUGGCAGAAUCAGGACGUGGUUCCCAUCAACAGUUACGACACUGCCGGUUCCUUCCUGAUCCUCGGCUGUAAUAACGGAUCCAUUUACUACAUCGAUGUUCAGAAGUUUCCGUUGCGGAUGAAGGAUAAUGAUUUACUGGUGACAGAGCUGUACAGAGAUCCCACUGAAGAUGCCAUUACUGCACUCAGCGUCUAUCUCACCCCCAAAACCAGUGACAGUGGGAACUGGAUCGAGAUUGCGUAUGGUACCAGUUCAGGAACCGUGCGAGUGAUUGUUCAGCACCCGGAGACGGUGGGAUCCGGACCACAACUGUUCCAAACCUUCAGUGUUCACCGCAGUCCUGUUACCAAAAUCAUGCUGUCAGAGAAACACCUGAUCUCAGUGUGUGCAGAUAAUAACCACGUUCGCACCUGGACGGUCACACGCUUCAGAGGCAUGAUCUCCACUCAGCCAGGCUCCACCCCCCUCAGCUCCUUCAAGAUCCUCUCAUUGGACGAUAUUGAUGGCCAUGCAGGCUGCAGCGCUGGAACUGAGAUCGGUCCGUAUGGAGAGAGAGAUGAGCAGCAGGUCUUCAUCCAGCGUGUGGUUCCAGACACCGAUAAACUCUACGUCCGACUUUCAUCUAACGGCAAGAGGGUGUGUGAGGUACGCUCGGUGGAUGGAACUCCCAUCACAGCAUUCGUGGUUCAUGAGUGUGAGGGUUCGAGUCGCAUCGGGUCCCGGCCACGCCGCUUCCUGUUCAGUGGCCAUGGCAACGGGAGCAUCCAGAUGUGGGACCUCACCACAGCCAUGGAGAUCGCCUCCAAAGUGGACAUCAAAGCUUUAGGAGGUCCUACAGAAGAGGAGCUGUUGGAGUUGUUGGAGCAGUGUGACCUGGCGCUGACCAGAACACCAGAUAUGAGUCCGGCAGCAUCACUCACACACUCCUCACGCAAUUCUACCUCCAGUUUGCAGUCCCAGUUCAGUGAGGGCGGUCGUGUCGGUGGAUCUUCUGGUCGUGGUUUCACUCUUCCACGUCCUCCUCACUCAUUCAUGAGGACGCGAGAACUUCCACCUCAGCUCGGGCUCAGCAUGAGCUCUCUCACCAGCACUGCCAGCGACCGGGACAGAGAGCGCGAGAGGGACAGGCAUUAUGAGAGAGAGAGAGAGCGACACCAGGAGCGCGAGAGGGACAGGCAUUACGAGAGAGAGCGACACCAGGAGCGAGAGAGGGACAGGGAGGGCAUGUUUGCCCCUCGGAGGGGCAGUUUUGUCGAACGUUGCCAGGAACGCGCCAAAUUUUCGGACAUGGCAGGACCGGACGCUCGACUCGGCAUCAGGCCUCAUUUAUCAUCAUCGUCAUCCAGAAGACCCGCCCCCUGUGCCCCAAGCCACAUCCCCUCACCCAGUCCCAGUCCUAUCAGAUCUCAGACACCGACGUCUCCGAGACGAGGUCCGGCCUCACCCAUCUGUGAAGCCACGCCCCCUGAAGUAGGGCCUAAACCUGAAAGCCCGGCCUCCCCACCUCCACCAACCAGUCCUAAACCGAAUCUGAAUGAAACCAGCUUCUGAUUGGCUGAUGUACAUGUGUAGCAUUAUUGAUAUGUAGUUGGACGCGCCCACUCAGCCUUUUUUGUGUGUUAAGCUCAUUCUAACUUCAGUUUCCACUUUUUCCUUUUAUUCCUUUAUUAAUUCAUUAUUAUUUCUUCCUUUUACUUUACAGUUAAUUUAAUAGAAGAGCUUUUUCUUUCUUUCUUUCUUUUUUAUUUUCUCUUUAAUUUCUGUAUCUUUAUACUGUUUAUUUUUCACAUAUAUAUUUUUGCUACAUAAUAAUAAGCUUAAAUGUUUCUCUUUAUUUCUGAUUUCUCUUUAUUCAUUUUUUUCUACUUGAGGUUUUUUAUCUUAAGUAGACUUAAGAUUUUUAUCUGUUUUUUUUAUUUAUUCCACUACAUUUAAUUGAGGUGAGAUUAGUUUGGUGAGAUGAAUGAGAGCCGUUAUACAGGAUGUAAGAGGAUGUUAGAAUAACAGAAUUAAUUAUCAUGUCGCAUUAAACUGCUGAAUCUUCAAGCCGCUGAUUUUCUUGUUUUUGUUUUUCUUGGUUUUUUUUUUAGUUUUAUUUUAGUUUAAUAAACGUUUCUUUAUUCACCACUGUUCAUUAUAAAAUCUUUAUUAGAAUUCAUUUUUUAUAUACCACAAUAUUGACUGAUUUGUUAAUGAUCCUGUUUAACUCUGAGUGAAUCUCUGAAGCUCAAACACUUUAUAAUUGUAUUCACUGCUUUUACUCACUGCUGUAAAUCACAGUUUGUUGUUUUGUUUUUGUUUGCUCAGCGCUGUGAUGAAACUCAGUUCUGCUCAAUUAUAUUUUAUUUCUGUUAAAUAUCAUCAGUAUUUUUGGAUUGUUACUGUUAAUGUAAAAGAAAAUACUUUAAAUGUUACACAUUUUUUGUUUGAUUCUUAAUAACUAACAUAUAGAACAGAAUCUGAUCUUCAUGUUUUUAUUAAUUAUCUUGAAUUACUUUCAAAAUAAAAUAAAAACUUAAA